GCUGUGGUGGCGUUUCGAUGAUCCAGAGUGUGACCUGGGCAGUCGAAUCGGAGGGACCGACAGCCAUUUUACAGUUAUAGCUGCGUAGAUUAUUAGUGUACAAAAAUAUAAUAGAAUUCCUACAGCGAAUAUGGGACAGUGUGGCAUUACCUCCUCGAAGACGGUUUUGGUCUUCCUUAACCUAAUUUUUUGGGCAGCAGCUGGCAUCCUGUGCUAUGUGGGAGCCUACGUUUUCAUCACGUAUGACGACUACGAUCAUUUCUUCGAGGACGUGUACACGCUGAUCCCCGCCGUGAUCAUCAUCGCCGUCGGGACCCUCCUGUUCAUUAUCGGCCUGAUCGGGUGCUGCGCCACAAUACGAGAAAGCCGCUGCGGGCUGGCAACUUUUGUCAUCAUUCUUAUGCUGGUGUUCGUCACGGAAGUAGUUGUGGUGGUACUUGGUUAUAUUUACAGAGCAAAGGUGGAAGAUGAGGUUGAUCACUCCAUCCAGAAGGUGUACAAUGAAUACAACGGCACAAACACAGAUGCUCCCAGCCGCGCCAUCGACUAUGUACAGAGGCAGCUCCACUGCUGUGGGAUUCACAACUACUCUGACUGGAAGAACACCCGCUGGUUCAAGGAGUCCCGAAACAACAGCGUCCCGGUGAGCUGCUGUAAGCCCAGUGUCACCAACUGCACCGGAUCCCUCGCCCAUCCAGGGGAUCUGUACCAAGAGGGUUGUGAAGCUCUUGUAGUGAAGAAACUGAAGGAGAUUAUGAUGUAUGUCAUCUGGGCUGCACUGACAUUUGCUGCGAUACAGAUGCUGGGAAUGCUCUGUGCCUGCGUGGUGCUGUGCCGAAGGAGCAGAGACCCUGCCUACGAGCUGCUUGUUACCGGGGGAACCUAUGCUUAAAGAGGGACUCACACACACACCCACGUACACACCCACACACAUGCAGGAACAUACACACACGCAAACACACACAGCAGGGCGUAGGAUACUGUAUGUAUGGGAGAGUUCACAGGAGAGACACACACUGGCUUUGUUUUCCUGUAGUAAGCUGAAGCACGCCUUGCACAAUUCAGGACUACUUAGAGUAUCCACUGGUGAUGGGUAAAGCGACAACUAAACUAUUUAUUUACUUGCUUUUUAGGGUUUGGUGUUUUAAUUUAAAACUUUGUUUUGUUAAAAUGCUAUGAAAUCCUGCUAGCCAAAGUCUAAAAUUGGCAGUUUGUGUUAUUAACUAUGGUAAGAUUUGGCUAUUUUAUGUAGCUGUUUUUUGUCCUUUAUUGGGGCAGGGGAAGGUGACCAUUAGGGACUCCUGCCAGAGAUGGCGGCCUACUGUAUGGAAGGAUAUUCAGAAUGUAUUCUUUCCUUGUGUGUCAGUUUGCACUGUGUCUAGGGCUCUGGAAAUACUUUAUAUAUAUAUUUAAUCGCACAUGUGAAUGUGGGGGAGACAGGGAUCCCCCAUGUAUGAGGUUACCUUGUGCAGCUACAGUUUUAGUUCUGACAGUCUUCUGCCCAUCACUAGUCUUCAUUUGAGAGUAGAAGUAAUGCCACUUAACACAAAGACACAGGGUCCAUCCAGGACCGUAAAGAAAUGUCAGGUUCCAGUCACAUGAAUCCAAAUUCAGUCAGACCAGUGGAUCAAGUAACCUAAACAAUACGUGAAACUGGUUUUUGGGAAUGAUCUGUAUGCACUAUAUGUUCAAUACUCAAAUGUUUAGUUAAUAUUAUUUAGUUUUUUUUUUCUGUUUUCCUUUUCUCUCUGUGUUUUGUGUCUGAUGUCUAGUGUGCUGGUAAGACAAGUUGAUUUGGGACAUAUGUAGCCAUGUAGAUAAACAUCAAAUGAUAAUGUAAAACCGAAAUUUCAUGUAAAUAGGUUGAAACGAAAACUUUCAUUGAAAUAAAUCAGUAAAUUCCAAGUGAAA